AUGGCGGCCGAAAAAUACUACAUCAAAGACGCUUUGACAAAACCUGCCAUUCACCACGAAUCUUUCCAGAAAUUGUGGGAGACAAAAUGGAAGAAACCUUGCGAAAUGGGUGUGUAUCCUUUUAUGUUCGGAAGCGUUCAGGACUUCGAACCAGUUGCGCAGGAGAUCAUUAAGAAAGGCUUAAAGGAACCCUACGACUGGGAUGAGUACGCCCAGAUGUAUUUCCCCAAAGCCGAAGAACUCACCCGGAUCGCCGAGGAGGCGGAGAGCGCGGGUGCAAGAGAAAAGGCUUCGGAAUACUAUCUACGCAGCUCCGCCGUCUAUCGUAUCUCUCGUUUCCCUGCGCCUCGAUCCGAGAAGCAAAAAUAUGCCUGGAAGAAGGGGACCGAAAUUUUCUACAGGGGCGCCGGCCUCAUGGAGCACCCGAUCAAAGAAGUUCGGAUUCCGCAUGCACAUGGCAUUCAGGGGGAGGGUGAUGUGGUUCCAGUCAACUUCCUCCUCCCUCCCGGCGCAUCACCAGAAAACCCCGCUCCUUGCGUCUUGAUCAUCACUGGUCUGGAUGGAUACCGUACCGAACUCGCCGUAUGGCAGCAGGGUUGGCUCCAAAAGGGAGUGGCUACCGUCAUUGCCGAGAUUCCGGGCACCGGAGACUCGCCAGCUCUUCGGCAAGAUCCCACGAGCCCCGAUCGUCAGUGGUCCAGCGUCCUGGAUUGGAUCGAUACACAGAAGGCAAUUAACAACAAGAAGAUCAUCGUCUGGGGCUUUUCAACAGGUGGAUAUUAUGCGCUCAGGGUGGCCCACACGCAUCAUGACCGAUUACUGGCGUGCAUCAGUUUGGGUGGCGGUGCGCAUCACAUGUUUGACCGGGAAUGGUUGGAACACGUUAACAAGCUGGAAUAUCCCUUUGACCUGGCCAACACGCUGACUUAUAAAUUCGGGUAUCCUGAUUUGGAGUCCUUCAUCCAGGAAGCAGGCAAGUUCUCGUUGCUGAACGACGGGACCCUGGAAAAGCCAUGCACGAAGAUGCUCCUGGUCAACGGAAACGACGAUGAGAUUUUCCCCAUUGAUGAUAUGUUUGUGGCCCUGGAACAUGGCGGACCCAAAUUGGCAAGGAUGGUCAAGGGCAAGAAACACAUGGGAGAGCCCGACAGUUUCUUCAUUAUCCUGAGAUGGAUUUACGGUCUAUUGGGAUUGUCUGGCAACAUCAUGGAUCAAAUGAAGUUGCUUCCAAGCCGAACGAAGUACUAG